CUCACCAUGCUUUAACGUCGACGUGGUCAACACAAAUAAUAAGUAAUUAUAGAGCAAAAGAAAAAUCAAAAAGUUUUCUUGUCACUUCACAUAUAUCUAAAUAUAAUAGGAGUAGUAUUAGUUAAUCACAAGAAAACUGUAAACUGAAAGGUAUGUAAUAUGUGUGAGUGAAAAUUAAUAACAAGAUUAAACAUGGAAGAGUGGUGGUGAAGCUUAGAAGAAAACUUGUAAAUAUUAAUGAGUGAAGCUUAAGUUUAAUUAAUUUGAAAUAUUUAUCUAUCCUACAGAAUUAAUUUCCCUUGCUGUCUCUUGCAAUUGUCUUACAUAAUAAAUCAUGCUUGCAUAUUUAUUAUAUUAACUUAUACUAUUUCGUACACUUCACCAACAACAAAUAUGUAUAGCAUAGCCAAAACUAGGGGAAACACCCUUAUUUGAGAAAAAAAAAGAGGGUUUCUUUCAAAUUCUUUUAAAGUAGUAUGUGAUAAUUAGUGAAGAAAAUUAAUUAAUUGCUGAUUAGUAUAAAUAGAUGGUGCAGUUGUGAAUAAUCAAGGUGAUUAAAGGAGAGAGAUGGGACACCAUUGCUGCAGCAAACAGAAAGUGAAGAGAGGGCUUUGGUCACCCGAAGAAGACGAAAAGCUCAUCCGACACAUCACUAGCUACGGCCACGGCUGCUGGAGUUCCGUCCCUAAACUCGCCGGGUUGCAAAGGUGUGGGAAGAGUUGUAGAUUGAGAUGGAUAAACUAUCUGAGGCCGGAUUUGAAGAGGGGGUCGUUCAACGAGCAGGAGGAGAGGACGAUCAUCGACGUCCACCGGAUUCUGGGGAACCGGUGGGCGCAGAUCGCGAAGCACUUGCCUGGGAGGACAGACAACGAGGUGAAGAACUUCUGGAACUCGUGCAUCAAGAAAAAGCUGAUAGCUCAGGGUUUGGAUCCAAACACACACAAUCUACUUUCUCUCUCCUCCACCUCCACUAAUAAUAAAAGAGGCCUCAAUUCCACCUCAGCAUCCCAUCAACAGCCUUUCACUGUUGACACCACGGCCGCGACUGCAUCUGCAGCUGCAGCCGCGGCCGUGGCUCCCAUCAUCAAUGCCACGUCGUCGUUACACGACCAGUUCAGCGUUCUGAACGAGAGCGGCUGCAUUGACUGGGCUGCGGUGACGCAGCAAUUGGCAGCAUUGGGACAAGAAUCCGAGCAGCAGCAGCAGCAACGACAAAAUGAGGCGGCGGCCGCGUGUGUGUACAAGUACAAGGUGGAUGAUGACGAGGACGAGGUUAUACUAAGCUCAAGUGGUGGUGAGCAGCUGCAUCAGGAGCUGUUUGACGCCACGUGUCACUUUGAUUUUCCGUUUCUGGAUUCUGCAUUUAUAGCUCCACAAAAUUUUAACCCUAUGGAUGAUGCUCUUGCUUGGGACAUUGUCAAUUGAUUCAUUCAAGUUUCCCAUUUGUUGUUAUGGAAAUUUAAGGAUUUACUUCUUACGCUGGAGCGCACGCAAAAUUUUAUUAUGGUAGGGGCUAUAUAUAAUCAAAUUUGAUUUUGGAUAUUUGAAAUAGUAAAUUUUCUAUUUAUUGUGA